GGACCCUGGUAGCCGGUAACUCGAUUUUUGGAAAUGCAGAAAACGACCUACUACGACAACUCGACACUUUUCGGAGGAUACUCGUACCAGGGGGCAAACGGUUUUGGCUAUGAUGCCCCGGCACCAGCCUUCCAGAACUCAGCGCAUCUUGAGGGUGACUACCAAAGGUCUGCAUGCUCCCUACAGUCGCUCGGCACCAGCGCACCCCCACAGCCUCAGCAUGCCAAGACGAAAGAGCUUAAUGGCAGCUGCAUGCGGCCCAGUCUGCCACCUGAACACCACCCACCCCCCCAAGUUUCUCCUCAGAACGCUGUAAACGUUGCUGCCUCAAAUGCCACCCAGCAGCCAGGCGGCAGCGGUGGUGGCGGGGCCGGCAGCGGGGGAACGGCCAAAUCGUCAUCCAAGUCAUCCUCUCUGGCCCCAAACCCAGCGCUCACGAAGCAAAUCUUUCCUUGGAUGAAGGAGUCACGUCAGAACACCAAGCAAAAAAACAGCUCCCCUAGUGCAAGCUCAGCUAACGCGGAGAGCAGCGGUGGUGAGAAAAGCCCUCCGGGUUCUGCAGCUUCCAAGAGAGCACGCACCGCUUACACCAGCGCUCAGCUGGUGGAGCUCGAGAAGGAGUUUCACUUCAACCGAUACCUGUGCCGGCCGAGGCGUGUGGAGAUGGCCAAUCUGCUCAACCUUAGCGAGCGGCAGAUCAAGAUUUGGUUCCAGAACAGGCGGAUGAAGUACAAGAAGGAUCAAAAGUUGAAAGGCAUUGGCUCGUCCUCAGGGGGGCCGUCCCCCACAGGAAGCCCACCUCUCCCAAUGCAGUCCUCAGCUGGUUUCAUGAACUCUAUGCACUCAAUGGGCAGUUAUGAUGCUCCCUCCCCACCAUCUUUUAACAAGCCCCAUCAAAAUGCAUACGCCAUGUCAACAGCCUAUCAGAACCCAAUGAAAGGUUGCCCACCCCAACAGAAGUAUGGAAACACUGCACCGGAUUAUGACCCACACGGGCUACAGGGUAACAGUAGCACCUACGGGACACCAAACAUGCAGGGUAGCCCCGUGUAUGUGGGAGGUAGCUAUGUUGAUGCCAUGCCUGCCACUGGGCCUUCUAUGUAUGGCCUCAAUCACCUACCACACCACCAGUCGGCAAGCAUGGACUACAACGGUGCCACACAGAUGCCGGCGAACCAGCACCAUGGACCGUGUGACCCACAUCCGACAUACACGGAUCUGUCUGCGCACCAUCCUUCUCAGGGUAGAAUCCAAGAAGCACCCAAGUUGACUCAUCUGUAGCAGGUUUGGACAAAAAGUAAAAAAAAAAAAAACAGGAAAAAUAAAGAAAAAAACUAAAGGAAGACAAGAUGAAACAGACUAACCCAUGGGGCGAUGCAAUGGGGUUGAAAAAGAUGAUCCAGUGGUUUCUUGCCAUGACUAGAGCACCGGUUUAUGUCAAUGUUGUCCUUCCAUUCAUAUGUGACCAUACCUGAAUUUAGUAUCCAUAGGUCUGAAUACCCCUUUAAAAUGACACAUUUCAUGAACAGUGGCUAGUUUAUGCCAAGGAAUAGACUGUCUAGCUGUAUGACCUCAUUACAUCAUCCUAAAUGUUUGUGUACUUCUUCAGCAUUAUCGCUGCAUUCCUCACACUUUGGAGGGCGGUACGAUAUAGCUUACAUUUAAACUUACUGGUGCAAGAAAACCACUGGAUUGUUUUCGUCCACCACCCUUAUUUCACAUACCUCUUUUUUUAAACGUCUCAAAAAACCAGUCGAUUUUUUUAUUAACUUGUUCCCAAAAACAGCAGCAGACUGGCACCUUGUCUUUAGCAAGACACGGUGAUCAAGAUAUUCAUCUCUUUUAAGUCCGUUUUACACUAUGCUACCUAUCACUAUUAAUGAGAAGUGAACAGAAUUUUGUUAUGGCUUUGACACAGGGUAAAAAAGAAGAGUUGAGAAUACUAGUAAAUUAAAGUUCAUUCCCUCGUUCUCAACUCGCUGCCCCUCCCUCUCCCUCUCCCUCAUACUCCUUCCCCAGUUCUUUAUCUUUCCCAAUCUUUGGGUUCGCCUACAUUAGUCCAAACUAAUAUGAAAGGCCCACAUUUUCUCAUAUCUUGACUUAACGUGGAAACAGGGUAUAUUUGAACAAAAAUGCAUGUCCGGGAAACCAAGCUACGGCGCAGACGUCUUUGUUUACGCCUAAUGCGCUCUCGUCUGGGCAUCAUUGUUGCACUUAGAGUUUACAUUUAAUGGGUGAGGAAGAAAAGUAAAUCUUAUUUUGAAUCGGAAGACCUUCAAUCAGCGUCUUUCGCUAAGUGUGUUCAAGUGAACAUUCAUAAAUAUAUAUUUAUUUGUUAUAGCCAGUUUAAAUACUUUCUUUUUUGUAUUAUUUAUCCCCAUGUAUUUAUAUCGAUAAAAAUGUACUUUUUUAGUAUCUACCUGUUAUAAAAAGACGCUGUGUUCUUGUCAUUGUAACAAAUUAAUUUUUAGUUCUUGUAUUUUAGAGAUAUGUAGGUUUAUGUUACCCUUGUAUAAAUAAUGUCUUGACUUGUACAGGGGGCGCAAGAACGGAAUCAAACCGUUCCCGCAUAGUCGAGAUUUAGACGAAAUAUAGCGAAACAUUUUGAGAACUUCAUUUGUCCUUUGUAACUACUUUUUUUUUUCCUUGUUAAGAGUUGGUUGUUGAACAAUUCUUUAAUAAAAUGUUAUGUUAUUCA